AUGGGCGCGGUGUGGUCCGCGCUGCUGCUGGGCGGGCUGGCGGGGGCUCUGCUGGCCUGGCUGGGGCGCGGGGGCGCGGGGGGCGCGGGGGUCCCGGGAGGCCGGGCCGGGCGGCAGCGGCCUCCACCCGGGACCUCGGAGCCCGCGGCGGCCGCCACAGAGCGCUGUCAGGAAGACCGACUUGCGGCCCCCGCGCCCACGGACGGGAGCCUGGACCCCGAGACCCCCGGGGCCGCCCCCCGAGGGCCCUCGGAUGAUCCGGACCCUGAGCCGGGGGCCCCUUCCGUCCGGUUGCCGGAUCCCCGCGGCCGGGUUUCCCCCGAGCUAGCCGACCCGCUCCCGAGAGACGCCGCCGGACUUGCGACGGGAGGCCCUCCGGACCCCGGGGGGCGGGAGACGGGGUCCCCGCCCCGGGGCCGGGAGGGGGCCGGGCGGCCCCAGGGGCUAACCCCCAAGCGGGACCCGACGGCGGCGGGCGGAGGAGGAGGCCCCCUCGCAGCCACGGGGGGACCGGAGCCCGACCCCGGGGCCGAGCUGGUCCCGGCGGCGGCCCCGACGCCCCGGCCCGUCAGCCUGCGCUUCCGCGUGCACUACGUCACCCGCUCGGCCGCCCAGCGGCUGGCGGUCGCCGGCGACCACCGGGCCCUGGGCGCCUGGGAGGCCCACGUCCCUCUCCGAGGGGACGAGGGCGGGUUCUGGUCUCGCUCGCUGUCCCUCCCCGGGGAGACCAGGCUGGAGUGGAAGUUCGUGGUGGUGGAGGACGGGAAGGUGGUCCGCUGGGAAGAGGGCCCCAACAGGCGCCUGGACACCGGGCACCAAGACGCGGAGGUGUGGCGGUGGUGGGGGCGUCCCUGACGGGGGUGUCCCCUCGGGCCCGGCCGUCCUCCGGGCGCGCCGUCCCCCCGAGGGCUUUGGCCCGUCCCCGGCGGGCCUCCUUCGGAGAUCGCCCGAUUCCCGGGCGGCGGAACCGGGGCCUCGACGGGAGCGACGGCGCCCCGACGGGAGCGACGGCGCCCCGACGGGAGAGACGGCGCCCCGACGGCCUCCUCCGAGUCGGCGGGUGGCGCGGCGACGACCGCGGGCCUUCCCAGAGAGGCGGCCGGUCCGGACGACGCAACCGCCGGGGGGGGCCCCUUCCGCGCACCUCGGCCUCCGCCCGAGCUCGACCCUCUCGUCGGCCCGACGGGAGGGGACCCGCGCCGAGCCGGAACGCGCUCCGGGGCCGACGCCCCCCAGGCCCGCGUCCCGGCGGCGGGAGGGCGGGAGGGGCUUUUCGGCCUUCGUUUCACGUCGCCGACUCCGCAAUAAAGCUUGCUGUUUUCCUACGGUC